GAUUGGAAGAACUCAUCUGCUUCAUUCAUGAUUUCGUUUUGUUGUUGUUCGUCGGGAAGUGCAGAACAACGCUCCUGGCAGACGCCUUCUGGCCACUUCCUUUUACAGGUGCUCUAAGAGGGGAAAGGAUGAAGUGGGAGUGGAAUCCUUUUCACAACUGCGAGCGAUUUGUACUGAUUGCAUCGGCGUCAAUGCAUGUGAUCACUGAGAAUAACCAUGAAUGACAUUACUCGUUAGUGAUAAAAAAAAUGAUAAUUAGCACUGAUACGAUUGAACUUUUUGCUCUAAUAUUAUAAUGAAAUAGGCAUUUAAGCCUAAAGAUGUGUGAAUUAUCACUGACAGCUAUAUACGUCACUCACGUGUAAACUGAUUUCGUGUAUUCAGAUAUAUUAAUACGUUUUGCAGUGAUCCCCAGCUGACUUCCAAGUUCGAGUUCAUUUAAAUUUAUCUGCUGGCUUUGGCCUAUUUAUUUUGUGAUACUGACAAAUUCAAGAUGAUGUGUGAAACACUUGUGUUGAAUUAGUAAAGUUUUGAGAAAAACAUGGUCCAGGAUACAUGUAACAGUCCACAUGUGUCUUUAUAUACAGUAUAUUUAUUUAACUAUUGCAAGUUAUAAAACUCAGAAAAUGAUCUAACUUUGGGUUGUAUUUAAACCAACUCCUUAUGCUUCCCAUAAUGCCACCUCUCAUAGGUGCAGUUGUAUAUGUGAGUGGUGCAGUCAUACUGACAGUAAUAAUCUGUCAAAUCUACCGAUGUCGUAGAAAGAGGCACUAUGAAGUUCCAGCUAGAGACAUAAGUAAAGGCCACCGCUGGUCCAUGGUUGAUGCCUUUGACAAGCCAACAUAUUGUGCUGUCAGUGGGGAAAAUAUAUCGCAUGGAGCUUUCUGUGGCUCCUGUGGAAUAUGUGUUAAUGAUCACAAUAUGAAGGAAGCUAAUGGGAACCUACCUUGUAAAGCUCUUGCGUCUAAGUCUGAAGUCACACAUCACUGGGUACAUGGCAAUCUCCCGCUUAGUAGCAGGUGUUGCAUUUGUGGUGAGCUGUGUGGAAUUCGUCCUGAGCUGUGUGAUUUCCGUUGCUGCUGGUGCCAAAGAACCAUCCAUGAGGAAUGCAGGCAUGAAAAUGCUGGAUACAUACAAAUUUGCGAUUUGGGAGCAUUCAAAGAUUUCAUAGUCCCACCGCACAGAGUGGAGCUCAAACUGGUUGGCUUUAAAGGCAGACGGCACUGGAAAGUUGGGAAAGUGCUCCAUCCAAGCUCAGAAGACUGGAGGCCACUGGUUGUGAUUGCGAAUAGAAAGAGUGGAAAUUAUGAUGGAGAGCAUAUCCUGCAGGUGUUUAGAGGGCUACUAAACCCAGCACAGGUGAUAGAUCUGGCUGAUAUGCCACCAGGGAAUGGUUUGGAGUGGGCUCAUCUUGUCCCAGAUGUCACCUGUAGAGUGCUGGUGUGUGGUGGAGAUGGUACAGUAGGCUGGGUGCUCAGUGCAAUAGACAACCUCAAGUUUAGGAAGUUGCCAGAGGUGUGUAUCCUGCCCCUGGGGACAGGCAAUGACCUGUCCAGGGUGCUAGGGUGGGGCCCAGGAUACACCAGGGAGGUGGACGUCACAUACAUUCUGAACCAGAUCAAAACAGCGAGAGUUGUCAACCUGGACAGAUGGAAGGUGGAGAUUAAUUCCCAGAAGCGUUUUGGCAUUCCCAGCAGGAGCAAGGUGCUGAUCAUGAAUAACUAUGCUUCCAUUGGUGUGGAUGCCCUGGUUGCCUUGAACUUCCACAAACACAGAGAAAGCCGUCCCAGUCUGUUUGGAAGCAGAUUUAUUAACAAGUUUUGGUACUUCACAUAUGGGACAAAAGAUGUUCUGGAAAGAGAAUGCAAGGACCUCCAUCAGAAGAUAGUGUUGGAAAUGGAUGACAAGCUGAUAAGCCUGCCUGAUCUUGAGGGGGUUGUGGUUCUUAACAUUGGCAGCUGGGGUGGUGGCUGUCAGCCAUGGGGCAUGGGAAAAGACAUUCCAAAAUCAAGGUAUAAUGAUGGAGCUUUAGAAGUGAUGGGGAUUUACUCUUCCUUCCACAUAGCCCAGAUGCAGGUUGGCUUGGCUGAGCCACUACGGCUGGGACAGGCAAGUAAAGUCAAGAUCAUACUCUUUGGUGGCAAGGCCCCGAUGCAAGUUGAUGGAGAGCCCUGGGAACAAAGACCCGCUGAAAUCACCAUUGUGUACCAUAAUCAUGCCCGCAUGCUGGCAUCACUAGCUUCACAACAGAAGGCACUGUAACUAUAUGGGUGGUUAUCUUGUCAUGGAGACUAGUCAGCAUAAUAUUGGUAAAUGGCCGAAUAUUUCAACAUGCUUCACUUCAUGAUGGUAUG